AUGGGAACUAUACAGGAGGCUGGAGAAAAGGCACUAGAUCUUGGGGUCAGGGAGAAUGCAGAAACAGCAGAAGUAGGAGCAGCCCUGAGACUUGGGGAACUGGAGCUGAAGGAGGAAUGGCAAGAUGAAGAAUUCCCUCGAUUGCUUUCUGAGGAGGCUGGCCCUUCUGAAGAUCCUGAAGAUCCCAACAGUGACUCACAGGCAGGUGCGUACCCCAGCACUUUAGCCCUGUGCGGCCAGCGUCCCAUGCGUAAGCGUCUUUCUGCUCCAGAGUUGCGGCUGAAUCUGACUGAAGGGCCUGGAGAUAAUGGAACUUCUCCCACGCAUUCUGCACCUUCUUCUGCUAGCAGUUCUGACCUGGCAAUAGAUGAAUUAGAGACACCUUCAGACUCGGAGCAGCUGGACAGUGGACAUGAGUUUGAAUGGGAAGACGAGCUGCCUCGGUCAGAGGGUCUAGGGGCCAGUGAGGCAGCUGAAAGGCUGGGUCGGGGUUGCAUGUGGGAUGUGGCUGGAGAAGAUGGUCGUCGCUGGAGGGUGUUCCGAACAGGCCAGUGGGAGCAGCGAGUGGACAUGACUGUCAUCGAACCCUAUAAGAAAGUCCUGUCUCAUGGAGGUUACCAUGGUGAUGGCCUCAAUGCUGUCAUUCUCUUUGCUUCCUGUUAUCUACCCAGAAGCAGCAUUCCCAACUACACCUAUAUCAUGGAACACUUAUUUAGGUAUAUGGUGGGAACUCUGGAGCUACUGGUAGCUGAAAAUUACCUACUUGUUCACUUAACUGGAGGCACUAGUAGGGCCCAAGUUCCACCUCUGAGCUGGAUACGCCAGUGUUACCAUACCCUGGAUCGACGGCUCCGGAAAAAUCUGCGAGCUCUGGUGGUUGUCCACGCUACGUGGUACGUGAAGGCAUUUCUGGCGCUGCUUCGGCCCUUCAUCAGUUCCAAAUUCACACGAAAGAUACGGUUUUUGGACAGCCUGGGAGAACUGGCCCAACUCUUUUCCCUGGAUCAGGUCCACAUCCCCGAAGCUGUCAAACAGCUGGACCAAAGCCUCCAUGGUUCAAGAGGGACCUAGCACAGGUCUGGAUAAAGGACC